AUGGUUAUGACGUUGGUCGUGUCCGACCGUGCAUCGGCGGUGAGGAAGCACUUUGGUCCUAAUCCAGUAACCAUCUUUGCCAUUGGCAACCUAGAAAUCAUCUCUCCUCAUAUCUUGAAAGAGGUCUCAUCCGCUGGAAUCCUUCUUAGCCACGCCCCCACCCCACUCGUCACUCUCUACUCCAUUUUGGGUACACUGCCUUGCACGCAUUCCCAAAUAGUGAGCCACCAGCCCAACCCUGGAGUGGAAACCUUCCUCCUUAAAGGACCAUCUGGACCAUCUGUGGUGGAGGAGACACUUGAGGAAACGGUUGAACCUGCCUGCUUUUGCAGAGUAUGCAAAAUUUCUAUCCAAAGCUCUGAUGCUUUCAUCGAGCAUCUUAUGAGUAGAGAACACGCAGGUGCAAGUGCAUGUUCACCCGAGUUCGAUGAACCUCUUUUGUUUUGCGGAUUUUGCGAGUACAGUAGCUACGACCGCCAUAACAUGAUCAUCCACUACAGCAGUUCUGCUUGUUACUACAGCAGUUCUGCUUGUUACUACAGCAGUUCUGCUUGUCACUACAGCAGUGCUUCUUCUUUUAGCAAGAGUCAUUACCCGCUGCCUAAAACCACUGUGGUGUUGUGGGACCUCGACACCUGUCCGGUUCCCCCUGGUUAUGACAUUGGUCGUGUCGGUCCGAGCAUCGAAUCGGCCUUGAAGAAGCUCUUUGAUGGUGGUGCGAUGGAAGUCGAUGAUGUUUUGGACGAUUGGAGAAGGCGUAUUCCAGGUUUGGGAAAGCGGGAGUACAAUGCAAUGCUCAUUUCGGUCUGUAGGCCAGCCGAAACCUAUGGCUCUUAUAAAGAGUGGCUUUGGGAAGACUGGUUGAAAGAGAAAUUGUUUCCUCCCUUGGAGACAAACAGCCCGAUACUUGAGGACAAGUGCAUUGAGAAGGGUGAACAUGAUGCCUGGUUUUGCAGACUAUGCGAAAUUCCCAGCCAAAGCUUUGAUGAUUUCAUUGACCAUCUUAAGAGUGAAGAACACAAAGAGGAGCAGUGGGAGAUGGUGAUUGGACCUGGCCGUAUAGAUGAAACCCAAUCAACUAUACUUAGUUUUAAGAUAUUAGUGUGGAGCUUAAAUGGGUCGGAUUUGGGAUGACAAAUUCUACUCCAACAAUCGUCUCAAUAUUGCAUGUAAAACCAAUUCGAUGGGAUUGUUGAAAAUGGGAAGAAAAAAAAUGAGAAGAAAAGGAUAUGACCUGAUUUGUUUGCAUUAGUAACCCCACCUCUAUUACUUCAUGUAGUCUACAUGUAUAAUAGUCAACAAAUACAUGAUUUUUUCC